CGUUUCUCCUCUUCCCCUCCACCAUGGCCAUGAACCCUCCACACAUCCUCAUCGCCCGCAACUCCCGCGGUCCAAACACCAUGAACCCCUCCGCGUCGCUCAGCUCGCCCACCGAAACUCACGCUGCCGCCGCAGGCAUCUUCCGAUCUGCCGGCUCGCCCCCAUGGUACCUCGAAGAGUGCGAGUCCGAUGAGAUGGUUUCCGCACUCAGCAUCGAUGGCGAUUUCGAAGAGCCCAUCGAGAUUGACGAGACGUUCACCGAGCACAGUCGCUUCCCCGGUACUGUCAAGAUCAUCGUCGAGGCGACCACCUUCUGGGCGCACAAGGAGGUGCUGUACUUUGCCUCGUCCUUCUUCCAGGCGGCUCUCAGCGGUCAGUGGGCCGAGACGGGCAGGCCCCAAUCCAUCACUUCCGUCGUGACCAUAUCUCAACCACCCUCGGUGCCGGGCAGCCGACACAAGUUGGAUGACUCGCCUGAGUUGACGUUCGCGCCUGUCGACCCGAACGCAGAACCGGAAGACCUGGACCUCGGUGCGGACUCUGCCUCGGAGAAGGACGUGGAUGCACAACCAAGCCCCGUGGACAAGACGAAGGCGCGUGAAAGCAGUCUGAACAAGCUGGAGAGCGCCGGCACUUCAUCAUUUGCGACUGCGAUGUCCGGAGAGAAGAGCAAGCCAUCGACGUCAGAACCAAGUGGGUUGAAAGCUAAGCGAUAUGCCAAAGGGAAGAGACCAGAGGCCAUCAUCAUUCUGAAGGAAGAGAAGGCUAGCAUUUUCCACGAUUUCCUUAAAUAUGUAUACCCACAUCUCGUCUGCACGAUCACAUGGAACAACGUCGAAGGGCUCAUGAACAUCUCGCACAAGCUGCACGUCUCCGCCCUCGAGCGCGAGUGCCUCACCUUUCUGCUCACGCACGCCGCAGGGCGCCCGCUCAAGGCGAUGCGUAUCGCGGAGCUCUUUUGCGAGGAGGAACUAUACCGCGAGGCGAGCCGUUUCGUGCUUGACAAUCCGGAGGGCUGGGGCCCCGAGGAGCUCCGUCAGCUCAGUCCAGAGACACUCUUGAAGCUCGAGAAGAGGCGAACAUGGUUCCUCGAGCGCGUGAUCAAGCUCGGUCUCGUCCAGGUUGCAAAGGAGUACCAAUGCUGUGCGACCUGUCCCGAACCAGCUAAUUGCGCGCGCCUUCUGGAGGAGAAGUGGAAGCAAGCGUAUCAUGCCGUCAAUCGCUUUGGCCCUUGUCAGCCCUCCAUGGUAUUUCGGUAUUUGCGCACAUUGGAGGGAAUCAGCCCGCCUCUGUCAUUGACGCAUCUCAGUUGCCAGACAACGGCAAAAGCCUUCAUCGCAACCUUGUUCGAUAGGAUGUUCUCGCUGGGCGUGCGAGGCAGCGGCACCGAUACUGCGCCUCUUGGCGCGCGCGUUGCUGCUGUGGCAGGCGCGACGACUGGUCCCCGCCGUCACUUUCUCUUCUGCACGCUCAAGAAUGAUCUACCUGCACGCGGCAAGCGGUCGCGCGAGAUCUCUUGA